AAAGGACACAAUCUCUCUUCCUCAAAUUCCGCCCCAAAAUGUCCUUUCCCAACAGCUCUCCUGCCGCUAAUACUUUUUUAGUAGAUUCUCUCAUCAGUGCGUGCAGGAGUGACAGUUUCUACUCCAACAGCGCCAGCAUGUAUAUGCCACCUAGCACAGACAUUGGGACGUAUGGGAUGCAAACCUGUGGACUCCUUCCGUCUCUGGCUAAAAGAGAAGUUAAUCACCAAAAUAUGGGUAUGAAUGUACAUCCUUAUAUACCUCAAGUAGACACUUGGACAGACCCGAACAGAUCUUGUCGAAUAGAGCAACCUGUUACACAGCAGGUCCCCACUUGUUCCUUCACUACAAAUAUUAAGGAAGAAAGCAAUUGCUGCAUGUAUUCCGAUAAGAGAUCCAAACUAAUUUCUGCAGACGUCCCUUCCUACCAGAGGCUGGUGUCUGAAUCAUGCCCCAUUGAGAACCCCGAGGUUCCCGUCCCAGGAUAUUUUAGACUGAGCCAGACCUACGCCACUGGGAAAACCCAAGAGUACAAUAAUAGCCCUGAAACGAGUUCAACUGUAAUGUUACAGUUAAACCCUCGCGGCAGCUCCAAACCGCAGAUAUCUGCUCAACUUCAGCUGGAAAAGAAAAUGAAUGAAAACCCGACCAACCAAGACAGCACCGCUAAAGUCUCUCAAGUGGAAAGUCCCGAGCCCAAGUCCACGUUGCAAGACGAGCGGAGCUGCCUGCCCGAAGGCUCCGUGUCCAGCCCAGAAGUCCAGGAGAAGGAGAGUAAAGAGGAAAUCAAGUCUGAUACUCCAACAAGCAAUUGGCUAACUGCAAAGAGUGGCAGAAAGAAGAGGUGUCCUUAUACUAAACACCAAACACUGGAAUUAGAGAAAGAGUUCUUAUUCAAUAUGUAUCUCACUCGAGAGCGCCGUCUAGAGAUCAGUAAGAGCGUAAACCUCACUGACAGGCAGGUCAAGAUUUGGUUUCAAAACCGCAGAAUGAAGCUCAAGAAGAUGAGCAGGGAGAACCGAAUCCGGGAACUGACCGCUAAUCUGACCUUCUCUUAAACCCUAACCCCGGGGGGGGCACCAGUGAGGAAUGGGCACAGCACCGCCACUUGCUAAAGGCAGGAGAGACUCUGGCAAAACCCGGCAUUUUCCAGUUUUGUUUUGGUUUUUUUUUCUGAUAGAAUGUGACUUUUCGUCCUUCUUUUAGCGCUGCAAGUGAAUAUGUAUUACUAUGAUGAGUAUAUAUAAAACCUAGCACGUGUAAUUUAUUUUUGUUCUCAUCGUAAUGCAGGGUAACUAUUAUUGAAUAUUAUCAUUUGGUCUUAACUUAUUGGAACUGUCGAACAUCCAAGCAAUGUGACUUUUUCAUGUUUUUACUAACAAAAUGGUAUUUAUGUGGGGCUGUUACACGGGCCAUAACGUUUUGAGUACAUUCAAUACUUUAAGAAAAAGAAGG